AUUAUCUGAACCCACAUCAACGGCAUAAAGCUCCUCAUAGUCGUCAUUAUCUCCUCCAUCUGAUAACGCAGCACUCUGUCGACUUAGCACAAGACCAUUUGGAAAGAGACAGAGAAGGACGGAUUCGGGAAGAUUCAUAAUCGUCUCUCGGUCCACGGAAAAGCGCCUGCCUCGUAGGUCGAGCAACAACCUUGUCAAAAGCUGAGGCUGGAGGUUUGUCUGCACAGGGGUCUGCGAGACCUGGGUGAUGGAGAGUGAAUCCUUGUCAACGUGAGCGGCGACGAGCAAGCAGAGCUAACCGGCGCCAGAGCUACGAACAUGCGUUAGACGACAAUGCCAAGCACACACAAACACCAGCGUCUCUGAUUUCCCACCAUCCCGGUUUGGUCAGUUUGGUUCGGAGAUCGUAAACACAAGAUCUCCCUUUUCCACAAACUGCUUACUGCAAAAAAUAGACAACGUACCCUGGCAGAUCCGAAAAAUCUCUAUGCAUGCUGUAGGACCCCGGACCGAGCCUUGCAUGCUCGGUAUCACGUUAUGUGUCGUAUAGAAACCAGUAUACCUAACAACGCCUCUAACACCCGUCGUAUAAUGACUUCCUCUCGGAAAUGCUCGAAGGUCAAUAGCUUCAUACAUACUCAUGUUUCGUAUGAUCGAUGCCUUUGCUCCGAGCACCAUGUGCCAUAUAACUGUAGCCUCUAUUCGGAAACCUGAUUGCCUCCCCAAGUUUCCUCGCUGCUCCAGGAUGGCGAGGUGAUAGAACAGUCCGCACAGUCGGCGCGUCCCUCUGGGUUAUAUUUUCUCGAUUAGAAAGUCCGACGGAGGACCUAUAAUGGCACACAGUUUCCUGUCCGAACCCCUUCUCCUGACCCCUUCGGCGUCGUCUCCUCGCCACCGCUUCUCCAUGUCUCCGGCAUCUGUUCCUUAAAGAACGACUGUCCUCAGACGCCAUCGCAAUUGACUUUUAUGCUUCUCUGCAUCAAUGACAACACUUCCUCCCUCAAUGUCCUUCGCCUCGUCGACGGCAUCAUGCGACGCAAUCGCCGUUCUCGUCCUCAUCGAGACUUCAGGAAUGAUGCAUGGGCUCUGGGAUAACGUUCGGGCUUACUACCUUCCACUGCUACUUGACACCCUCAGGUCCUCAAACCCCUCUAUCUCGAUGCGCAUCUGCUGGCAGACAACUACUAGCAUGGCACGCUCUGAAGCAUCGGGUGCUACUGCUGCACCCACUGGUAACACAGACAGCGCCAACCAAAUACCCGCCAUCCAUUUCGAUUCCUCUUCAUCGACCUCAAUAUCUGGCGCCUCUCUUCGCCACGCUAUUGAGACUUUGAGAUCUGCUUUCCAGCAAUCACGAAGACCUUGUCGUCAUUUGAUUUUGGUAGCUGCGAAUACCCCAUUAGAAGACUUCUCCGGCGGCACCCAGGUUCUACACUCCCUAGCCUAUUCGCUUCUUCAGAACGACAUCCGACUACACAUGGUACUCAGCUCCGGACCGCAAGUACAGCCGCUCCGAGAGCUUCAUCAGCGUACGCUGCAUCUUCAACACAGCCCGGCAAUCACGCCGUGGUUCGAGGUAGACUCUUCACAAUACCAACUAUUACUGUCAGGCGAUCCCGUGCCGAGACCAGGAGCACGCUCACCCGCUCCCCUAGUUGUUCCGUCGCAAGGGACAUCAUCUGUCCCUAGUCAAUCUCCCCCUCGUCCUGAAAGUUUGCGUACCAUGUCAGCUUCUUCCCCGCUUCCUGUCUCGUCAAGUCCUCCUCUGGGUUCAUCGGUCACCGAGACAUUAUUGUCUGCAAUCCCCCGUGUUCCUCGGGGUAAAGGCAAUUCGUCUCCUCCGGCUCAGUCCUCCGAACCUCCUCGCUUAGGACUUGUAAGUUAUUUGCAACAGAUGCAUGGUUUGACGAAAAAGCGGACGUAUGGGUCCAAGACAUCGAAACGCGGUCCCGGUGGCGCCGCUGCUACUAGUACUGCUGGGGGUAGUAGCAGUGCUGGCGAGUCUUCACGUCUUGCUGCCAAUAGACCUAUCCUUCCGCGAUUGGACCUGCCCGUUAAUAAACCUCAUGGCUGGACGCCGUAUCCUAAAGUCAGUUCAUCGGAUUUAGAGAAAUCUCCGGGAUCGAGUUCUGCGUCUCAGAAGCACGCAACUUCCUCGACAAGUACUACAUCCUCUGCUGUUGACCCUUCAUCUUCUGAGGGCAGCCGUGGGAAUCAUCCUCGUCGCUUCCCUUGGAUACUUCCUGCACCGUUGCCCGCGAGUUCAGGUGGGCCUGCACAUUCUCCAAGCGCCAAAGCUGCCUUGCUAAGUCUAGAGGCAAUGUCACAUCAUCAUCCAGAACGCUCUCCUCAGAUUCCAGGAUCACCACAAUCCCUGUAUUCACAGGAUAUGCCAGUCAGUCCAACAACAAGCACCCCCUUCCAGCAGCAACACUCUGUAUCUGCGAGUAGUCGUUUAAUCGCCGGUUCGCACUCCGACAGAUCGCACUCACACACGAUGCAAAAGCAAAGUCCUUCUGCUUCCCAUCCUGCCAUCUAUGGAGCGGGAGUUUCAAGCGCGCCGGGUGUGACCCAUCAGGGAUUUCCAUCCUCACAGGCUCAUCACAACCGUACCAAUUGGAAUCCGUCUCCUCAAUUUGAUCACGGUUAUUCGUCUCAUUCUUACCACCCUCAUUACGGUGCUAUGCCCCCAACGACGGAGGAUCCCAGCGAUCAGCCGUUCAUAAUCACGCCAGAAUAUGAAGCUCGCGCUAACGCCCAGUUCGAGGAAGCUGUGAGGUCGGGAGCCAUGGAAGCGUCGAUGACAUCGGCCACGUUGUCUUCUUCUCCCAGCGCAGGAAGUCCUCAUCCCCUCGGGUACUCCCAGGCUCCCAGUUCAGGUUAUUUUCCUGAUCCUGGUUCACAUGGCUCUGCCUUUCCUUCUGCAAUUCAUUCGCCCAUGGGCAUGAUGACGCAGCAGCAGCAACAGAUGCAAAUGCAAAUGCCAGUAUCCCAAGGAUAUUAUCACUAUGAUGCUCAGGGGGCACCAUACGUUCACCAGGAUGAUCCAGGGAGUGUGGGACAUGAAGACCCUACCCGUGGAUCAUCUUCAUCUCACUCUGGCCCUACAUCCUCUCACCACCUGCACCACCACGCCCCUUCUCAAUCUGGUUAUGACUCUUCAGCUGACCGGUGGUACGGCACAUAGCAUAAUGACCUUCAUGAUUUCUUUGGAUCCGCCACAGUCCUUGGCAUGCUACUGCAUAAUUUAUUGAUGAUUUUAGCAUUGCGUUCUGUACUAGUGAUUUCCGGUUUAUGUUUCGUUUUGUCGUGUUCAGGGGCUUAUCUCUAACUCUAACGUAUAAUUUGUCAUAUUGGGAAUUCUGUCGCCGUUCCUCCUUCCGUGCUUGCUAUCACUGUAUUGUUAUUCAAAUACCCACUGCAUCAUACCAUACUGGAUGGAACUAACUUUAUCAUACUGCUGUAUCAUAUUCUGAAUGCACUUUCGCU